AGAAGUGAGACGCUCCUACGAGCGUUUCCCCACAGGUUUGGCUUUUGUUGUUCGAGUUCAUGUCUGCACACUUGAGCUAGGUGGUAGGUUUCAGUAAACAGCAUGCUUAGGUCCAUCUUAGGGCUCAGCCUGUUUGUCUCAUGAUAACUGCCGGGGUCGGUGUGUUUUGUAGUUGUAAGUAGCUAGCUGGCUAGGAUACUUAGCCUGCUAGCUAGCAACGGUGCUGUGUUUUAACUUCACAUCUUAAACUAGCUACGUGCUCACAACCAACUAUAACUUUCAAAGUAUAGUACGCCAGUUAGAUAUAUCGGAAACGUAUGUUAUGUUUUAUUUCGGUUUUUGAAUAUGUCGACAUGCUGCAGCUGUAUCAUACUCAUGUUGUUUUAAGCAGCUCAUUUUCGACAGUGUUGGGAUCAACAGAAGCUAGCUAGCUGUGUUUUUAGCUGCCGUGUGGGGUAACGAUGGUUGUGAACCUCUGCUUGCCCUCCUUUCAGACUACUGCACACUGCAACAAGCUAAGUGCGGAUGGCUGUGAUGUUUCAAAUCUCUUAUCUGGGGAUCCAGUGGCUCGACGGCGGGGUUUUAGGCUUGAGUACUUCCUCCGACCUCCACUACAUGUGACCCUGCAUUUCCAAGUGAGGGUUGAGCUCUGCCGUGUGGAUGUAGAGCUGUGGCCCUGCGGCAUGGACAAGGGCAGCUCCCCCAGGAGGCUUGAGCUCCUUACUUGUCCUGAUUUUCAUGCUAAAACAGAAUGUGAAGAAGAUGGACGGUUCAAGCUUGUGGGACGCUGUGAAAUGAGGGAGGAGGUGCUUGUGUGUUUUAGACAUUCCAAUUUUCACCAUCGAGCUCCCUUCCAUGCACCCCCGCCCGAACCCGCAGCCUACGGAAAACAGCAAGAACUGUGGAGCCGGGGACCAGAGUCGCUAUGUUCAGUGGGCCAGCUCCGGAUCUCUGUACCUUGCGGUGGGGCAGCCUCUGCACUGGGCAUCAAGUCUUUGGCGGUGUGGGGAGUCCCUGCCCGGUGCUGUCCUACUUCAGAAGUGGAGAAGAUUCGGAAGGCACAUUUAGACAGCUUGAAACCCGAGCCUUCUGCUUUCCCAUUGCCUCUGCCUGUCUCUGUCUCAAACAUAUCACCUAGGUCAGACCCUGCCCCCUCAGAAAUGACUGUCCCAGAGGAAUUCCUGGACCCUCUGACCCUGGAGCUCAUGGUCCUGCCUAUGAUCUUGCCUAGUGGUGUGGUUGUGGAUAGCAGCACCUUGGAGGAGUACCAGAAACAGGAAGCCACUUGGGGACGUUUGCCAAAUGACCCUUUCACUGGUGUUCCAUUUACGAAAGACUCAAAACCACUCCCUAACCCGCACCUUAAAAGCCGUAUCGACAGUCUGAGGCUGAAAACUGGGUGCUCUGGAGUCAUGGGCAGAAAUGGUCUACUGAACAAACCCCAACCUUCUAGACUUGUCAUUAUAUCAAAACCUGAAACACCUACUUGCUCGAUAGACUCUAUUAGUGUCCAAAGCUCACAAGCUGGACCAAGUGAGAUGGAGAACUUGCAGGUUCACUCAAAAGGUUAUAAGAACACUGAGCAGCAACCAAAACAUGUUAUCAAUAAAGAUAAAAACCUUAGCAGACUAGGUAAUCCUAAGGUUCAGUUCAGAAGUUGUGUUGAGAGGAAAGGGUUCAUUUUGGGGUCUGUAUUUGAAACUCACAAUAUCAGAAAGGAGAACAUUGCACACUCCAUCAAAAGGAAAUAUCAAUCAACCCUUUCCUCAACUAAAUCUAAAUCAGCUGCUUAUUCACCCCUUUCCAACAAAAUGCCAAGAACAGAUGCAAGCCUCACUCUCCCCACGGAAACGGACUCCAGCCAAGCCUCUCACGAGCAACGCCUGUCAGACAGUUUAGACCAGGCACUGAGCUCUGCCCUGUAUGGAUUACCAACAUAUACUUCACAAAGCCCACCGGAGUCAGACACCACAGCUGGACCAAGCAGCUGUAGUUCAUGCUCGUGCUCCUUGACUGUGUUUUCCAUGGGCCCACUGACUUACUCUUUGCCCUGCGGUCACCUGCUGUGUCGACCGUGCUUGGACCUCAAACUCCCUCGCCAAUCGCAGAGACUCCCAGUCACUUGCCCUACAUGUAAAGCGUGUGCUCUACCCAACACAAUCACACGAGUGCACCAUUAAACAUUGUCCUGUCGAUCAAGAAUAAUGUUCUCGUUAUGAGAUAUCAAGCAGAUGUCUAUUUGCAAUGAAUGGUUAAAAACAUAACCCACGGUGACAUUGACAACAUGAAGUUGUAACUAAAAAUGAAUGAUUUUGUUUUGUGGUCUGCAGUAAAAGUUUUCUAGGAACAAAAUUUUGCAGUUUUGUGAAAAUUGCUCAGAAACAUUCUAGACAUACUGUUAAUCACAGUUCCUCUCUUCAUUUAGCUUCUUUUUAUUCAUGUAAAAAAAAUUUUUUUUAAAUUGUGAUAAUUAUUUAUGCCCUUAAUAUGAGUCAUUGUUGACAAAGAACCUUUGGGGCCGGACUCGUGCUUGUGGAAUCAUUGUAGCAUGGAUUGAUGUGCAGGCACAGUGACUUAGCAUGGAGGGACCCAAGGAUGAAGACCUUUUGUGUGAGAAUGAAAGGUGGUCCUUAACGCCCGAAUGACAGUUAGACAUUUCCUGGCUCUCUUUUAGUGGCCACAAAGACAGCAUGGACAUCCUGAAGGAAACGCAGUACUGUUGCCUUCAAGAGGAAAGAUGUGUCUAUACUGACCACUGAGGACACAGGUGAAAUGAUCAGUAUCAGACUGUACACUGUACAAUCAACUAAAUUCACUAACGUGCUUGCAGUCAGUUAUUAUUGUGCACAGAUGUAAAACUGUCCAGUCUCAUUUUUAUUAAUCCUGCUUAGUUCAUGGGUUACAAAAGAAUCAAAAAUUUACUUUUUUGGUAUUUCUGAUUUGACUUGCAUCAGCAAAAGCUAUCGCAGCUGUCACAAGGCAACAGGACUGACAGUCUGCCAAGUCUCAAAAGAUAAUCCUAUUUCUCCCUUUAAUGUAAUGUGUACAUAUAAAUCAGUAUCUGAUUUCCAUUUAAUUAUCUUUUGAGACUUGGCAGAUUGUGCCAGUCCUGUUAUGUUGUGAUAGCCACGAUAGUUUCUCCAGUGAAAAUAGUGAAGUCACUGAGAGAAAACUACUUGAAUGAAUAUUACUUAUAAUAAAUAGCAAAACGCUGAAGCAAAUUCUUUUGGCUCCCUUCAGUGAGGUCAGUAUGUAAAAAUUAAAUCUUAAUCUGAUAUGUCUGAAUUUAUUUUUUAAUAUCACUUUGAAUUUUAUAAAUGGUGCUGGGCAUCUCGCCCAGCACAAACAAAACUUGGCUCUCCAAAAAGUUUAAAUGUGUUUUGUAAAAACAUUAAGCUUACUAGCCUAUUAUCAGUAAUUGGAGCGUCUCGUUUAAAUGGAGUAGCAUGUAUCGGGUAGCAUCGCUCAAUUUCGCUACUUGUUGUUGGAAAGGACAUGAUAUCAGUUUAAAAAGAUUUAAACAAUCAUAGUUAGAAAUGGCCACUACCAAAGCCGUGGGAAAUGUAGCUGCACAUGACUUGAUAAAUGGUGUUCAGUUCUCA